GUCAGGGGAGAGAAAUCCAGCUGAGGGGAUACUCUGGAGAGGAGAUGCAGAGGCAACAUGACAGAAAGGCAAGUAAGAACAAAGACCAGUUCCCUGAGCAAGAAAAGCAAAGCAGAAUUAACCACUCAAAGAGAAGUGUCGGAAGGCAUGAGGUGUGGUCCUGGACAACAGCUACCAAGGAAUCCUUGUGUUUCAUGUGGCAAAAAGUGAAAGAGCAGCUAAUGCUAAGCAUGUCUUUCCUUGCUGCUGUUUUUUGGUAUUGUAGAAGGCUAUACAGCUUUUUAGCACAGCUACUGAAAUGGUGGAGCAACUACCUUCAGAGAAAACUCAUAAGGAAUCUCAGUGUGCUGACAGAAGUUGAUCUACUUGGUUAUAGUGCGAGAGAAUGGAAAGGAGAAACAAAGCAGGCCAAACACAUGAGGGAGGCUUAUGAAGAAUUGUUUUGGAGCUGUCAUAUCAAAUACUUGAGACAAGUCAGGAGAGACAACUAUAGUGCAGUAAGAGCGGUGCUUUUUCAGAUAUUCAGCCAAGGCAUUCCUUUUCCUUCAUGGAUGAAGGAAAGAGAUAUAUUGAAGCUUCCUGAAAAGCUUUUGUAUUCUCAAGGUUGUAACUGGAUUCAGCAAUACAGUUUUGGGCCAGAAAGAUACACAGGUCCCAAUGCCUUUGGGAAAUUGCGCAAAUGUAUGGAGGCAUUAAAGACAAAUUGGGCUGAAAUAAGUGCUACUAAAGAUCAUGAAAAAAGAAGAAACAUGUGUAAUACACUCUUUUCUGAUGAAAGCAAGGAACACAAACUAUUUGAGGCCAUAAAGUUCAUCAUGCUCUAUGAAGUUGUUGAAGCCUAUGAGCAGAUAAAGAACAGGGAAGAACCUGUACAUAAUCUUUUUAGCCUUCUUUUUGCUCGUGAUACUUCAUCUGACCCUCUGAGUUUCAUGAUGAAUCAUCUGAACUCCAUAGGUGACUCUAUUUGCCUAGACCAGGUUGAACUGUUUCUUCUUGGAUAUGUACUUGAAGUAAAGAUAAGAGUUUACAGACUGCAUAGGUUUAAUACUGAGGAAUUUCAAGUAAACUAUCCAGAUGAAUACCGAAGGGAAUGGAAUGAGAUUUCUCUCCUGACUGAGGAUGACCACUACUAUCACAUCCCCCUGUUCAGAACGUGAAGGACCAGUGACUUGUUUUUCCUUUGUAAAAUAUAGUGAGUGACCACUUCCAGUGAAUUAGGUUUCUAAUCAUUAGCAGUAAAAUCUUGAGAAUGCUCGUUAAUGAUUACAGAAUGAUUUGUGGGUUUAUUGUGUAAACAUUUUGCUUUCCCAUUGCAGAUCAGUUCACCAGCAGUCAGACAUAAAAACCGUAAAACAUAUUGCUAUAGUGUCUGGGGGAAAAAAAAGUCGCAUUUGAGGGUUGUCAGACAAAAAAAAAUUGGACUGCCUGACAAAGAAAGCAAAGGUAAUGCUGGAUUUUCGAUUACUGGCUUAAGGGUUUACUCUGGAUGGGUUAAACUCAAGUGCCUAAAGCAGAGACUGCCUUUCCCUACUGCCUGUCUAUC